UCACCUCCCCUCACAAUGCUGCUGCGCCUUCCUUACGCGCGCCCCGCACCGUCCACAGCUCGAUGGAGGCCGCCGGGGCCGGAGCGGGCGCGGCCGAGGCCGCAGCCGGCACAGCACCUCCGCCGAGGGCACGCGGCCGCUUCCUCGGCCGACGGCGGCGGGGCGCCGCUCCACUACGACCCUCUGGCGGACCUCCUCGGCCCAGACCUCGACCCCAGCACCUCGCAGAACACUGCCCCGGUUGCAGAGAAGGGGAAGCUGAGGUCCUGGGUUGGUCCAAAUGGGCAAUACUAUCGAGAGUUGCCUUGCCCUAAUUGCAGGAGUAGAGGAUACACUCCUUGCAAUGAGUGCGGGAUAGAUAGAUCCAGUUUGGACUGCCCUAUGUGCAAUGGCAAGGGUAUUAGGACGUGUAUGCAAUGUGAUGGAGAAUGUGUGGUAUGGCAAGAAUCUAUUGAUGAACAACCAUGGGAGGAAGUUCUAUCUAGUUCUCCCUUGAAAGUAAAGGAAGAUGAUGAAGUCGACAAACUAGAUAUAAAGAUCAGCACCUCAAAAAGAUCAAAGCGUGCUUAUCCAUCUCCAUCUCCGGAAGUUGCCAUGAAGAUUAGCCGAUCUUUAAGAAGUCUGAAUGCUAAAACAGGAUUGUUUACUAAACACAUGAAGAUUAUACACCAAGAUGCCAAAUUGCAUGCUCAAAGAGUUGCUGCAAUCAAGAGAACAAAAGGUACUCCUGCAGCAAGAAAUCAUGCUUCUGAAAAACAAAAGGCAUUCUUCAAGGAUCCUGAGAAUCGACUCAAGAGAAGCAUUGCCAUGAAAGGGGUGAAAUUUUAUUGCAGUAAAUGCGGGCAAGAAGGACAUAGAAGCUUUUAUUGCCCAACAGUGAGGGAAAUUUCAACCAGAGUGCAAUUCAGAUGCGGGUUAUGUGGGGGAAAGGGACAUAAUAGCCGAACAUGUGGGAAACCAAAGUCAGACAAUGAACGUCAGCGGCAGCCUCGGCAUUGCAGCCUAUGUGGUGAAAAGGGUCACAACCGUCAGAACUGCCCUGGGUCCCCACGGGUGGAGGUUGGCACUUCUGGGCAUAUUUCUAAGAAAGUUAACCGUCCCAAUUCAGGUAUUUAUUCAUGCAGUUUCUGCUCAGAAAAAGGGCAUAACAGACGGACAUGCCCAAAACGAAAUGCUAGCUUAGGAAGAUGAAAACUGUGAGCAGUUGAAAAUAUAUGUUAAGCUGCAUUUCGAUCAUAUGAAACAUCUACUGAGUAUCACUGCUGACACGUCCAGUGAAUGCAGUCACCUAAACCAAGUUUUUGUGCUUCCAACUCGAUAAGAGUAAGCAAUCAGUCGCAUCCAUGGUGUUCAAGGUCUACCUAUAUACCAAGUAAAAGUUAAGCAAUGAAAGGGGAGGUUUUAAUAU